UUUGGAUGCACAGCUUUUGGCAUCCAUGGCUACAUUGACUUUAUCCCCCUCUCCCCAUAAGGUAAAGGUGGAACUGCAAGAGAAGGAAAGGGACGGCUUUUGUCACGAAUAAUAUUAAUUAUAAUAAUAAUAAUAAUGAUUACAAUGCUUGCACAAAAAGCAAUACCAAACAGCUAAAACACACAGUGCUCCUAUUAAUCUGAAAUUAGUCAAAUCAAGCAUCCCACAAAUCCCAUAAAGCUGUUGAGUGCUGGCGCCUUCUUCAAGCUCAAGAUACCCUUUUGGUGCAGAUUGAGGUAUAACAAAUCAGGUGUCAAGCAUCUCAAGACUUCUUGGGGUUGGUAACAUGGCCGAGGAAAGUGGCGUGGAUGGGGCUAUGCCUCAAGAGCAUGGGGAUAUCACUUCAAGAAGCCAAGUAGAAGAAGAGAAAAGCACCGGCACGAAUGGGGAUCAUCAAGGCUCAGACAAGAGCAGCGGAGAUGAGAAACUUGAAAAAGUUCCAUUUUCCAAGCUAUUUUCAUUUGCAGAUAAGACUGAUAUUAUAUUGAUGCUCGUCGGCACAAUUGGUGCCAUUGGGAAUGGCUUGGGGAUGCCCCUUAUGACGAUAUUGUUGGGGGAGAUGAUCAAUUCUUUUGGAUCUAAUCAAAACAAUACAGACAUAGUUAGUGCUGUUUCCAAGGUCUCUCUAAAAUAUGUCUAUUUGGCAAUCGGGACAGGAGUGGCGGCAAGUCUUCAGGUCUCUUGCUGGAUGGUAACAGGAGAAAGACAAGCUGCAAGGAUAAGGGGUUUGUAUUUGAAAACAAUUUUGAGACAAGACGUUGCUUUCUUUGAUUUGGAAACAAAUACUGGAGAGGUCAUUGGGAGAAUGUCUGGCGACACUGUUCUCAUACAAGAUGCCAUGGGCGAGAAGGUUGGAAAAUUUUUACAACUAUUUUCAACAUUCAUUGGAGGGUUUAUAAUAGCAUUCAUCAAAGGAUGGCUUCUUACCCUUGUCAUGUUAUCCUCGAUUCCUCUGCUUGUGGCAUCUGGUGCAACUAUGUCCAUCAUUAUAUCCAAGAUGGCAACCCGUGGACAAAGUGCUUAUGCAAAAGCAGCAAUUGUAGUUGAACAGACGAUAGGCUCCAUCAGAACUGUUGCAUCCUUCACUGGAGAAAAGCAAGCAAUAACAAAUUACAAAAAAUGUCUUGCGGAUGCUUACAAAUCAGGUCUUUACGAAGGUACUGCUGCUGGAGCAGGUUUUGGCAUGGUUAUGCUAGUUGUGUUCUGCACUUAUGCCUUGGCGGUAUGGUUUGGUUCAAGAAUGGUAAGGAAUAAUGGAUAUUCUGGGGGUGACGUGUUGAAUGUGAUUGUUGCUGUUUUGACUGGAUCCAUGUCUCUGGGGCAAGCAUCACCGUGCUUGAGUGCAUUCGCUGCUGGUCAAGCUGCAGCAUUUAAGAUGUUUGAGACUAUCAGUAGGAAACCAGAGAUUGAUGCUUCUGACGAAAAAGGAAAGACAUUGGAUGACAUUCGUGGAGAUAUAGAUCUAAGAGAGGUUUACUUCAGUUAUCCAGCCAGACCAGAUGAACCAAUAUUCGAUGGGUUCUCUCUUCAUAUCUCUAGUGGCACCACUGCAGCUUUGGUAGGACAAAGUGGAAGUGGGAAGUCAACAAUCAUCAGUCUGAUAGAGAGAUUUUAUGAUCCACGAGCUGGUGAAGUGUUGAUAGAUGGCAUAAACCUAAAGGAAUUUCAGGUGAAAUGGAUUCGGAGUAAAAUUGGUCUUGUCAGCCAGGAACCCGUACUGUUCGCAUCCAGCAUUAUGGACAAUAUUGCCUAUGGAAAGGAUGGUGCUACCAUUGAAGAGAUAAAAGCAGCAGCUGAACUUGCAAACGCCUCCAAAUUUAUCGAUAAAUUGCCUCAGGGCACUAACACCAUGGUCGGUGAGCAUGGAACUCAGCUAUCUGGUGGGCAGAAGCAGAGAAUUGCUAUAGCAAGAGCAAUUUUGAAAGAUCCACGAAUUUUACUUUUGGAUGAAGCUACAAGUGCACUUGAUGCAGAAUCUGAGAGGAUAGUUCAAGAAGCAUUGGAUCGGAUUAUGGUCAACAGAACUACUGUUAUUGUUGCUCAUCGUUUGAGCACGGUGAGGAAUGCAAAUGUGAUUGCUGUCAUUCAUAAAGGAAAGAUGGUUGAAAAAGGCUCGCACCCAGAAUUACUCAAGUAUCCUGAAGGAGCAUACUCUCAACUUAUACGCUUGCAAGAAGUAAACAAGGGUUCAGAUCAAACAGGAGAAGUUCAAAACAAAUCUGAUAUAACUGCUGAAUCUUUUAGACAAUCAAGUCUAAGAAUGUCGUUACGAAGAUCCAUAAGUCGGAAUUCCUCUGUAGGAAAUAGCAGCCGCCAUUCAUUUUCAGCUGCCUUUGGUUUACCCACAGGACAUGCUAGCAUGCAUGGCACUACAUUGGCAGAACCAGAGGCCGCUGCCCUGGCAUCAGGGCAACCUCCAAAGGUCUCUCUCCUCCGCCUCGCUGCCCUCAACAAGCCCGAGAUUCCAGCACUUCUUCUUGGAACUUUAGCUGCAACCGCCAAUGGUGUUAUACUUCCAAUUUUCGGUGUGCUUAUGUCCAGGGUAAUAAAGACUUUGUAUGAACCAUUUCCUCAACAAAAGAAAGAUUCAGAGUUUUGGGCAAUUAUUUUUAUGGUACUUGGUGUGUCAUCAUUUCUGGUGAUCCCAGCACGAGGAUACUUCUUUUCGGUUGCUGGUAGUAAGUUAAUUGAACGUAUCAGAUUGAUGUGUUUUGAGAGAGUGGUUCACAUGGAAGUUGGGUGGUUUGAUGAGCCUGAGAACUCAAGUGGUUCAGUUGGUGCGAGGCUCUCAGCAGAUGCAGCAACAGUGCGGGCCCUUGUUGGAGAUGCGCUAGCUCAGAUUGUUAAUAGCAUUGCGACCGCAAUUGCAGGUUUGGUCAUUGCUUUCAUUACAUGCUGGCAGCUGGCAUUUAUUAUCCUCGCAUUGAUUCCUCUGAUCGGAGUCAACGGAUAUGUUCAAGCAAAGUUCAUGAAAGGAUUCAGUGCCGACGCAAAGAUGAUGUAUGAAGAAGCAAGCCAAGUUGCUAAUGACGCAGUUGGGAGCAUACGAACAGUUGCUUCUUUCUGUGCUGAAGAGAAGGUAAUGGAACUGUACAGAAGGAAAUGUGAAGGCCCAACAGCUGCAGGGAAAAGACAAGGCUUGAUCAGUGGAAUAGGAUUUGGAAUGUCUUCCUUCUUUCUAUUUUGUGUGUAUGCAACCAGCUUCUAUGCGGGAGCUAGACUCGUCAAGGCUGGCAAAGCAACAUUUAGCGACGUUUUCCAAGUUUUCUUUGCUUUGACCAUGGCAGCCACGGGAAUAUCUCAGUCGAGCAGCUUUGGUCCUGAUUCUAGUAAAGCCAGGAGUGCUGCUGCUUCUAUAUUUGCAAUUAUAGACAGGAAGUCUAAGAUAGACCCUAGUGACGAGUCUGGCAUGAAAAUGGAUAAUGUAAAGGGAGAGAUUGAGCUUCACCAUGUAAGCUUUAAAUAUCCAUCCAGGCCAGAUACACAGAUUUUCCGAGACCUCAAUUUAACCAUUCACUGUGGCAAGACAGUUGCCCUGGUUGGAGAAAGUGGGAGUGGAAAAUCGACAGUUGUUGCGUUGUUGCAACGAUUUUAUGAUCCUGAUUCAGGUCAUAUCACACUUGAUGGAACUGAACUUGGAAAGUUCAACUUGAAAUGGUUGAGGCAGCAGAUGGGGCUUGUGGGGCAAGAACCUGUCUUAUUUAACGACACAAUCCGUGCCAACAUUGCAUAUGGAAAGGAUGGUGAUGCAACUGAGGCAGAAAUCAUAGCUGCGUCGGAGUUGGCCAAUGCACACAAAUUCAUUAGUAGCUUGAAUCAGGGGUAUGACACGGUAGUAGGAGAACGAGGAAUACAAUUAUCUGGGGGGCAGAAGCAACGCGUAGCCAUUGCACGUGCAAUAAUCAAGAGCCCCAAGAUAUUACUGUUGGACGAAGCUACAAGUGCACUUGAUGCUGAAUCUGAGAGAGUGGUUCAAGAUGCAUUAGACAGGGUGAUGGUAAACCGGACAACAGUAGUGGUUGCUCAUCGACUAUCGACAAUCAAGAAUGCUGAUGUGAUCGCGGUGGUUAAAAACGGAGUGAUCGUAGAAAAAGGAAAGCAUGAUAAGCUGAUCAAUAUUACUGAUGGAUUUUAUGCAUCCUUGGUUGCUCUGCACAUGAGCGCUUCAACUGAAUGAGCUGCUUUCUUGUACACUUUUCUUCUUCUUUCUUGUACUUUUUUCUCACCAAACACUAAAGAGAAAAAUGGCAUUGCCACGCCACCUAUCCGAAUGGGCAAAUAGUACAGAAAUGCGUAAUGGUUGUAUUUAUUUCUCGUUCUUUCCCUUCUGCCUUCUUGUUUUUAUUUCAUUUUUUUUGUGGUUCCAAUCCGUCAUGUAGUAGUCAAUGUUAGUCGAUGAAUAAGAAAGUACUUUUAGCUCGUA